AUGGCCGGUAGCAUUAACCACGACGAGGCCGCCUCUCGGGAGCACAGUCUUCACAGUCUCUCCCCACCCGGGACUCUGUCCCGGCCUCUCUACGCCUCCGCCGCCUCCUCCACCCACUCUGGACGGCCCGUGGCGGAGGAUGAAGGCGCCGGUUGCGUUGCCACCCUCGACGGGUUUCAUCUGGUCCCCGAGCUGUCGGAGAUCUCGGCCAAAUCGGCGCUGUUCCUGCAAUCGGCCGGGCUCGACUCGACUUACCCCUACCAACUGCAGCCAAACCGUCUCGCGCAGUACCAUCGGACCAACCCUCAAUCGCACCAGAUGCUGCGCCCUCCUUUGCAGCUCUUCUGCAGUCCCCUCAGCCUUGGCGACAGGCACGACGGUACCGGCCGGUUUGGAUCUUUCGGCGCCGAGCGAAUGGACAGUUCGGUCGGCGAGUCGAGACCUUCCAGAGGACCGUUGGCGGACGAGUUUGGCGGAGUUCAAAGGACGGGCAAGAAAGGAGAAGCAGGACAGUUGAACAGCGCGGCUGGUGCACGAGAGGAGGAGGAGGCUGUGCGACUGGGAAAAUCGGAUUCGGUCGGCAUGUUCCGCCUAAAACUCGAUUCCUUCGACAGCAAGCGGCCGCCCCUGAGACGGCCUCUCCAGAAGCGGUCGAACAACGUCGCCUUCAGCAACCGGCCGAAAGAGGAGAAAAAAGAGGUGAGCAUGCACGGUCUGUAUUAA